GUGCAGGGACAGGGGGAGCGCACAGAGGAGACGCAGUCCAAGAGAUGGGCACCGGAGAUGUGGCCGACGGUGUUGCUUCUGGGUUGGGUGGGGCAUGGUCGCUAGGGGACAUUGGGAUGCUUGGCGAUCUGCCUAGUGGUAGCACAUGUCACGUGGAGCAGUUUGAUGAUGCCCAUCAUGAGGGGGCACCACACGAUCAGGCUGGACUUGGGGACUAUGCUAUGGAAUCAGCGUCCAUGCGCGAUUUCAUGGCCGAGCUAGAGACCACUCUGCCAGCCAUGACGGAGGGUGAGUCUAUUGUUGCCCGACAGGCCGACGACAAGGACGUUCGGCCUCAGCCACAGGCAGUUUGCUUGGGAGAGCGUGCACCCGACACCGAGGAGGACCGCAUGGCUCGAGAGGCGAGGGAGGAUGAGGAGGAGGCCGCAAGGACUAAGGCCCUGACCGAUGCUGACCCGCGCACACAGACCAUGGCACGUGACAUGGAGGCUAUGCGUCAGCUAGAGACUGGGGGAGCAGGAGUGCGAGGCUAUGCUGCGGAGGAUGAGCAGAUGGAGGCAGUUCGCAUGGGAGAGCCUGCACCCGACACCGAGGAGAACCGCAUGGCUCGAGAGGCGAGGGAGGAUGAGGAGGAGGCCGCAAGGGCUAAGGCCCUGGCCGAUGCUGACCCUGAGUUGGUCGAGGAGGCAGCUGCCCACGCUUCACAUGCGGUUCGAGAGAGAGAGGGCGAGACAGCAGGGCCCGAUAUCGACAACGCACCCAUCGUCUCGAUACCACGAGACGGAGUGGCGGACACUGUUGCAGUGGCACACGACGGAGAGGCGCGUGGCGAGAUCGAGAUUAACUCCACCGUGCAAGAGGCCGAUGCUGUUCAACCGGUGGCCGCACAGAUGGUGGAUUGUGGAGAUAAGACUCAGUUGAGAGAUCCAAGAGAGGUAUAUGCGGGAGACGUGGGGGAUGAAGAGGCAGUUCGGAGUCCAGUGGCGGUGGGGGGAGACGUACAGACAGGAGAGGAUGCAUAUGAGAAGGUACAUGGAGAUGUGUGUGCGCCCUCGACUAUACCUGCUUCAGGCGUGGAGGAGGGAGCAGGUAUCAUGGCGCCACCGCCCGUUCAGGAGGAUGCACCGAUGACCACACAUCACCGGCGUUGUCGUCGCCCGCCUGGUCCUAGGACGCAAUGCGCUCGUUACGUAGAGCAGCCACGAGGCAGUUUGAUGUUCGACGCAAUGACUGUUGAUGAGUUGGGUGUCUGCCUUGCGAUGGAUCUCACAGAGACGAGACAUGGAGUGAGGAUCGGCUCAAAGAAAGGCAUAACACUUCUACCACGCGUGCAGUCCGUUUCAUGGGGCCCUGCUAGCCCGACACCGCCAUCAGACGCUUCGGUGGUGGUGGGUGCCAUGGGGGUUGGUGCGACACAAUCCCCUCCCAGUGUGGUACGAGAUCGCGGGAGACGACCGUCUGCACCAACCUCAGCGGCGGGCAGGCCUCGAGAGCGUCGAGAGGCCACAACGAGGGUCGUAGCUUCUUUACUCGGGCGCACUGACGUGCUGUGGAGCAACACAAGGAGGUCGACGACGGCUACCAGGAAGAGGCAACCUGGGUUGGGGAGGCGACGCACGUCCACGUCAUCGACGAGGGAGGUGCAUGCCGCUGGGUUCGAGCAUCGUGGCGGGUUGGGUGCUGAUGUUGGGGAUGCCGACGAACGUGGAUUUGCAGCGCCUGGAGCACGAGUAUCGACUCACGGAUGGAGGGAGGUUUCACAGAUCCUCGGGGCAGAUGUGUUGGGGCCUCCCAGGACACAGAGACCGAUACCUCGACGAGCAUCACACCGGGAGGGUGAGACGACCGGAGGCGAGGGGUUGGAGAUGACGUGAGUCAGACGUCUCAUGGACACCCUUAUAUUGGCGUCACGGAGGGAG